AUGAUUCAGUUCAGGCUUCAACUGAGCAUGUCAACAAAAUAGCUGAAGAUCUGAUUACUGCUCAGCACAGGAUGCAAGAGGCCAAGAGAGAGCCCUUCCAGCCUCCUUCUGUGCCCCCCCUCUCUGUCCUGCCACCCGGUCUCUUCUGAGCUAGAGAUUCGACUCUCACUUCUUUCACAGGGGCACAAAAGCUAACGCAAAUCCCACCCAGCAGCAUCAAUAAACUUAUUCCCUCCUCACGGGGUGCCUCCUAAGACCUUCUUUUUUUUUUUUUUAAACAGUUACUUUCAUUCCUUGAAAAUGAUUUCUUUGUCCCAGGCGGGUGCGGUGCUCGCCCUCCCUCUGCUCCCAGCCCUGCACGGUGCUUUGGCUGCUCCUGGAGCCAGGCCUCCGGAGAGGCGGCCAUUCUUAGCCUGCAGGACAAAGCGAGGGUUCCCUUGGCAACCGGAACAGUGUGGAGGUUCGAGAAGGGGUUUCCCUCCACCAAUCUCCCCAGGCUCCCGGUCCUCUUUCAACUCCGGAGCUGACCCCUGGCUCUCAUGGAGGCGGCUCUAACCAGGAGGCUACCUUUUAAAGACAGGCAUUUCGCUUGCAGCAAAAUAAUAGGAAGGAGGUUUGCUUGCUUUGCACAGAGGCUGAGCCACAGGAGAAAGCAAAGCCAAUGUGACUUAUUGAAUGAAAGCUCUGGACAAUUACCAACCACUUGUUCCUCUUCUGCCUCAAACAACCUAAACUGGAACUGCCGUGUGAAAAUGACCCAACAAAUGCAGAAUUUGCAUCUUUCUCAGUCAAAAAAACACAGUACCCCAUCAUCUCCCAAUGCAGCCAAACGCCUGUACAGGAACCUCUCCGAGAAACUGAAGGGGAGCCACUCGUCAUUUGAUGAGGCCUAUUUUAGAACAAGAACUGACCGGCUGAGUCUCAGAAAGACCUCGGUGAACUUCCAGGGCAAUGAGGCCAUGUUUGAAGCAGUUGAACAGCAGGACAUGGAUGCUGUGCAGAUCCUGCUGUAUCAGUACACACCGGAAGAACUAGAUCUCAACACACCUAACAGUGAGGGGUUGACACCUCUGGAUAUUGCCAUCAUGACCAACAAUGUGCCCAUUGCUAGGAUUCUUCUAAACACAGGAGCCCGAGAAAGUCCACACUUUGUCAGCCUGGAAAGCCGAGCAAUGCACCUCAACACGUUGGUGCAGGAAGCCCAGGAGAGGAUGAGUGAACUGUCUGCCCAGGUGGAGAAUGAAGGAUUCAGUCUGGACAACACAGAGAAAGAGAAACAGCUAAAAGCUUGGGAGUGGAGGUUCCGACUCUACAGACGCAUGAAAACGGGCUUUGAACAUGCCAGAGCCCCCGAGGUCCCAACCAAUGCUUGUCUCAUGGUAACCAGCAGCACAUCCCUCACUGUCAGCUUUCAAGAGCCUCUUAGUGUCAACGCAGCUGUAGUAACCAGAUAUAAAGUGGAAUGGAGCAUGUCUAAAGACUUUUGUCCUUUGGCUGGAGAAAUCAUCAUGGAAAACCUGCAAACCCUGAGAUGUACAAUAACAGGACUUACAACGGGCCAGCAGUAUUUUGUUCAAGUCUCGGCUUAUAACAUGAAAGGAUGGGGACCUGCUCAGACCACGACACCAGCAUGUGCCUCUCCUUCUAACUGGAAAGACUACGACGACAGAGAGCCCAGGCACAAGGGACGGAGUGAAGUUUUGGAAGGUCUGCUGCAGCAGGUCCGAGCCCUUCAUCAGCAUUAUAGUUGCCGGGAAAGUUCGAAAUUACAAGCCACAGGCCGAAAGCAGUCAGUCUCAAGGAGCCUGAAACACCUAUUCCAUUCCUCAAACAAGUUUGUGAAGACCUUGAAACGGGGACUCUACAUAGCUGUUAUAUUUUAUUACAAAGACAAUAUGUUAGUCACCAAUGAAGAUCAAAUACCAAUUGUUGAAAUAGAUGACUCUCACACCAGUUCCAUUACACAAGAUUUUCUGUGGUUCACAAAGCUGUCUUGUAUGUGGGAAGAUAUAAGGUGGUUGAGGCAAAGCGUACCUAUCUCCAUGUCCUCAUCCACAGUCCUGCAAACACGGCAGAAGAUGCUCGCAGCAACAGCUCAACUGCAGAAUUUACUCGGAACACACAACUUGGGAAGGGUUUACUAUGAGCCCAUUAAAGACCGGCAUGGAAACAUCCUCAUAGUCACCAUCAGAGAGAUGGAGAUGCUCUACUCAUUUUUUAAUGGCAAAUGGAUGCAGAUCUCAAAGCUGCAAAGCCAGAGGAAGUCUCUCUCAACACCGGAGGAGCCAACAGCCUUAGACAUUUUACUGAUAACCAUCCAGGAUAUUCUCUCCUAUCACAAAAGGAGUCAUCAACGUCUCUCUCCUGGAUUAUAUCUGGGUUACCUAAAGCUGUGUAGCUCUGUGGAUCAGAUCAAAGUUCUCGUUACCCAAAAGUUACCUAACAUCCUCUGCCAUGUGAAGAUUCGUGAAAACAAUAACAUUUCCAAAGAGGAGUGGGAAUGGGUCCAAAAGCUUUCUGGCUCUGAAUCUAUGGAAAGUGUGGAUCAUACUUCUGACUGCCCCAUGCAAUUGUUCUUCUACGAGCUCCAGAUGGCAGUGAAAGCUCUCCUUAAGCAGAUCAAUAUACCUCUGUACCAGGCAAGGAACUUCCGCCUCUACACACAGGAGGUGUUGGAAAUGGGUCACAAUGUGUCCUUUCUUCUCCUGCUCCCUGCCUCAGACGACGUCUGUACAGCCCCAGGACAGAAUAAUCCUUACACCCCACACUCAGGGUUUCUUAACCUCCCUCUUCAGAUGUUUGAACUUGUUCAUUUUUGCAGCUACAGGGAGAAAUUUAUUAGUCUAUAUUGCCGCCUUUCUGCUGUCAUGGAGCUGGAUUCUCUGAAUACCCAACAGUCCCUGAGGGAAGCAAUCUCAGACAGCGAGGUUGCAGCUGCCAAACAAAGACACCAGCAAGUUUUAGAUUUCAUUCAGCAAAUAGAUGAAGUUUGGCGUGAAAUGAGGUGGAUCAUGAAUGCUCUGCGUUAUGCAAGAUACAAACAACCAGUUUCAGGCUUGUUCAUCACUAAGCUGAUAGACUCCUCAGAUGAGCAGAACCUAAAGAAGAUCAAUUCUACGUCAUCACAUAUAGACUGUCUUCCAUCACCGUCCCCAUCGCCAGAGAUGCACAGAAGAAAAGCAGUGAGUGAUUCACAGCCCUGCUCUGACGAAGAAGGCUGCUCAGAAGUCUUCCUCCCCACCGACAGCGACUAUGACUCCAGUGACGCCCUGAGCCCUCGAGACCUGGACCUGGUCUACCUGGCCUCGCAGGACAUCGCCCAGCAGGCCCGAAGCGGCCUGAGCGGCAGCGCCCCCGACGUCCUGCAGGUGCACGACAUGAAACCUCCUUCCCGGCCGAGCCAGGAAGCCCAGGGCCACGUCCUGGGGCCCGAGGCCGACCACUCCUGCGCGGAGCUCCUGCACAGCCUGACCCUCACAAGCCUCGCGCCCAAGAACCACUCCAAGCUGGCACCAGGUGCGCGGCCGCCGCUGGGCUUCCUGGGAAAGCGGAAGCCGGCCAAGCAGCCGCACUACGGCGGCUUCAGCCGCCACCACCGCUGGCUGCGCAUGCACAGUGAGACACAGUCGCUGUCCCUGUCUGAGGGCGUGUACACGCAGCACCUGUCCCGGGCUUGCGCCCAGGCCCAGGAGCCCGGGGAGGCCGAGCAGCUGGUGCCCGCGUCUGAAGGGCCACGGGGACUGGGUCUGGCCCACGCCGCCAGCCUCCCUGAGGAGCGCAAGGGCAGCUUCAGGGACCCGAGACCCGCGGUGCGCCGCAUCUACGUGGAGCCCUUCCCCGCGGCCCUGGUGGACGCCAAGCCCUGGGCCGCCUUGAGCCCACCCGCGGGAGAACACUUGGGCCUGCCCAGCCCUGCAGGCUCUGAGAUGAGCCCGGAGGGCCCUACCCCCUCCCCGGUGUCGGAAAUACUCAGCAGCAUGCUUUAGAGAGGCCCCUGACCACCAUUCCUAUUCAAGUCCCUGCAGUUUCCAUCACUCUACCCCCAUUUCCAUUUUCAAAUGGUUUGAAUGUUAAAAACCCAAAGCCCCCCCCUAUUUUAAGAGUAGAGUUGGAGGGGGGGGAGAAUUGCCAUUGUCAUUACCAUUUCAGCCUAUGAAGGGCAUAGAAGAGCUUUUGUAUCAAUAUGGAGUCCUGAACGCAACGGUUCAAACAUGCCACCCUGUUGGUGGCACCUGUGGCUAAAGGAGGGCAACCUAAAGAGCCACCUCACUUCUCCAGCUGGCUCUGUAAUCUGAGACCUUAGACUCUUUCAUGAAUUUGUGAUUUGUUAGGGGAGGAAUUCUAGAUGAAAAUAAGAUUAGCAUUGUUUUCUCCUCCCUUCCAAACCUUUACAAGACUUUGGGGUAAGAAGCCCAGGUUGUGUCUCUAGGGAAUAAGGUCAAAGACUUAUCCAGGGGUCCCUGUCAGCUAAAUCAGGUUGUUCCAAAGCAGGAUUCUCAGCACCUCACCAAAUCUAAUGUAUGCAUCAGCACUGAUCUCAUUCAGUAGGCCUUGGACAGGCCUCUUCUUCACUUAGUGUUAUGUGGAAACCUCCAGAAACAAGGUUAGAGGAGGCUUCUCUUCUAGCUCUGUCUUGCAAAGAUAGAACAGGGCAGGAAACAGACCUUCCUGUACACUCGACUCGCAUUCAAGCAUGAAAGUGGGCCAGGGUGCAAAGAGAUGGCCAAGUUAAGUAAAUACCUGGAUCAUAGACAAGGGGAGAGAGAGAGACAUGUGCAAAAAUGUGUUUCCUUUCCAAUCCUAAAAUAAGUAAAUCCAUGGGGGCCCUCUCUAAAAAUUAAAAUGAAUCUGUUCCAGAUUCUUAGGUGAUAGAUUAUUACUGAACAAGAAAGUGCCCUUCAAAUACGGCCAGGCAGGGAUGGAAUUUUUACAGUGACGUAGGCACAUCUCCUCACCCCUACGUCACAGGUCAAGGGACAGUUUGUCCGGAGCUUUGGUUGCUGCCUUCCCCUUUUCACUCCGCUCUUCCAAAGUCAUUCUCAGUCUCACCCCUAGAUCAGCUGGUCCAUUGAUCUCAGGGAAAAUCUUUCCUUACAAGGCCCAGGGCCAUGCUCAAAUACACCUGAAAAUCUUGUUUUGGUCUCAUUGCCUCCCACCUGUCUUUCUCACAAAAGAAAAACCCAAAUCGAACAGCAAUCACACUGCAUAUUCAAAAUAGGCAUGGGCCUUCUCUCCUUUCCUGGAGCCAAGACCCAUUCAGAUCCCUGAUAUUCUAAAUGGUCCUUUUCUGCUUCACAGGCAUUUUGGUUACAUAUUGCUCUUUAUGGCCCUACUCCUAUCCUCACAGCUCUACCAUUCCUCCUCAUGGGAGCUCAUACAAAGUCCCCUGUUCACAAUGUUAUUCCGAUCCCUUCCAUUUCUAAAACAUUUGAUUUAAACAAAAAUAAUUACCCUGGUGGAAAGGUACAGAUUUGGCCCAUGGCCUAUGGUCAUUAGAAAACUAAAGCCCAGAGCUCCGUCUUUAUUUUUUUAAGAGAUUUUACACUCAAUGAGUGCCCCCCCCAACCACCACCACCAAAGAAUCUUGAUCAAAAUCACUGCAGCUCCUUUUCCAUGCCACAGAAGAUUUUAAAAUGCAGUUUUCUUCUGUUCUGAGUGAACAUGGAAUGUGUAUGGAGUAUUAGACCUAGAAGGGACCGUAAAAUUAAUCUAAAUCCUUGCAUUUACGGAUGAGGCAAUUAAGCCCUAGAGAGGUUAAGUGAUUUACUCAAACUCACACAGCUAGUUUAGUCUCAGAGUUAGGGUUAGAACCCAGAACCAUUCCCUUUAUUGCAGACUGUCCUAUUGGGAAUUGGUACAUACCUAGUCAGCAUUUCAUUGUCUAUAAACUAUUUACCUAGUUAACAGAUCAUCGAUCUACUUCUAAUUCCAAACUCAACUCCUUUCCCUAACUUUUACCUAACAGAUUUCCAAUAUCCCAGAACUCCUUGUUGCCAGGAAAUACAAACUUCCUAUAAUAAAUAUCUAAGUUAAUUAAUUAAUUAAAAUUACUUAAAAACCUAAUUUGGGAGAAAUGUCAUUAAACAUUUCUUACCAUAUGAGUCGCAUUUAAAAACAAAAAUGACACAGAGUAUUUCCAAUUAUAAGACAGGUUAUAUAUUUUUUUAUUUUAUUUAUUUUUAUUUUUUUUAUGGUCACACCCGUAGCAUAUGGAAGUUCCCAGGCCAGGGUUUGAACCCACACCUCCGCAGUAAGCUAUUGCAGUUGGAUUCUUAACCCACUGCACCACAGCAGGAACUCCCAGAUUAUAUAUAUGUUGAGUGAGUUUGUGAGAUGACAUGCUGAAAUAUUCGAGGAUUCAGAAACCAAGCAUCAUGACCUUUCUGGUGUCAUGGAAGGAAGUUUGUGACUGUGAAUUAGAUGGAGGGCAUUCAACAGGCAGCAAAACUGAGAACAGAUCCAUCCUUCUGGCCCCUCCUUUGGUCAGCACAUUUUGGCACAUUGGACCAAAUAAUGACUCAUGAAGUAAAAUGACAUUAAAUGCAAACCCACUAACUUAUAGUAGGGCCAUGGGGUUAUUUUUUCAUCUUCUAUGAGGAGAAGAGAUGCAUGCCCAUGAAAUUAAUAAUGAACAUUUGAUUUCAAUGGACAUAAAUAAUCAACUUGAAAAUGCAUUUUCCUAGCAAUGUGCCUGUAGAAGAGUGGGGGCUAUGUCCUCAACAAUCCUGUUUAUUCAAGGAGUUUCCCUCCACCCAUACCUCCACUUUGCAACUUCUUGUAAGCCUAGUUUAAAUUAAUACAUUCUUGUGAGAGAUAAUUGUGUUCUCUAAAUGAUAUUCCUUUAUUCAUUUGUCCAGUCGUCUCAUUAUAGAGACUUUACAAAGUCCGAGGAUGUUUUAUUUGUUUGUUUGUUUUUGCUUUGUCUUACUGGCUUUAUUUUUGUGUUUUUGUUUUUGUUUUGGAUAUGAUGGACUUUCGGCUUUCAUUCUUUUUAAGUUCAACCUGGAAGCCUUUGAAGGAAAGUUUCCUGUUUCAUGUCUUCCUUUCUGCUGUGUGUCUAACAUGCUUAACUCUCACCUCUGUUAUCCAGCUCUCAUCAUUUGUUUUUUUGUUCGGUUGGUUGAUUGGUUGGUUGGGGGUUUUUUGGCCUCACCCACAGCAUGUGGAAGUUCCUGGGCCAGGGACUGAACUCACACUACAGCAGUGACCUGAGCCAUAGCAGUGCCAACUACCAGAUCCUUAACCCACUAGGCCACCAGGGAACUCCCAGCUCUCAUCAUUUGUGAAAUACUCAAAAAUCAUUGAGCAAAUUCCUCCCAUAUGUCUGUCUCUAUUCCAGGUUCCACAGAGAACAGAUGAAUCAAAUAUGAAACAGGUUUCCCGGGCCACUAGGAGCUCACAAUUUGAUCUGAGGGUAGCCAUCAUCGCCAUAUGUUUUUCUCAAUUGAUGUCUUAGAAGGGGCUAGAUAUCUUUGAUUUCACUUUUGAUAUCUGUUUAUAAAAGAGGAUAGCCUGGAAAAUGCAAGUCCCCAUUUAUAAGGCUAUCACAUCCUCUUCCAUGGGGAGGGUACCUGGGAGACAGUCAUCAAAAACAUUCACUCUAGGGAGUAGGUAUUUUAAGAAGUGGUUACUUAAGAUAAGACCCAUUCCAUUUCAGGAACAUUCACUAAUGUUCAAAGCAAUAAUUACCGUGGAGAAAAUGGUUCCAUUUGGUUUGAAAGUUGAAGCCAGUUAGUAAUAAUAUUCCUCCAGCCCCCAUUCCUAAAAGGAUCCCAAAGCACUUUGUGAAAACCAUGGACUGAAGCCUGGUUGUACUCUCCUAAAAAAAAAAAAAAAAAAAAAAAACCUUGUCCAGGAGCCACCUGGCAAACACCUAUGCCAUCCUCGCCAGGAGAUCAGGCCAGACAAGUGGAAAAGAGGACGGGCCUCUCAUUCAUUGUGCACCCUUGGUGAAUGUUGAGCUCUUCCCUAGAAGAUAACAAUUUUAGACAAGCAGGCAUACCAGGCAAUCCUAACUCCUUGGCCUCCUCUUUUUCCUCACACUCCACUCAAGAUAUAUUCACCUUCUCUUGGAGAACUAUCUACUCAAGCCGUUAAGGGGUCUGCAGUGCAUUUCAGUUCCCUAGUUAUGCGAGCAGCAUGCAGAACUCCCCGGCUUCUGAACAUUGGCACUUGAUUGAAAGAUGAUGCCAUUAUUCUACAACUCUCUCAACUUUUCAUGUAGCUGAGCUACGGCAGAGAGUGCAUUUCUUGGUAUAUUUGUUUAUUGAACUAUAACAUACCAAUUAGAGAGGGUAGUUCUAGACUAACAAGAGUGCACUCUCAGAGAAUUGAAAGUGCUACACUGUCACUUUAUAAAGUAUAAAUAUUUUUCCAGAUGAUUCAAUUAAGCAAAUCUGAACUUUUUUUCUGGUCCUACCUUUAAGGAAAUUUUUAAAGGAGCUAUUUGGAAAGCAAUGAUACCUCGUCACAGGUAGUAAGGUGAACAAGGAAAAAACUUGUUUCUUUGCUGGUCACCUCUCAUAAGAUGUUCAAACACAUGGCUUAUGACUGUUAAGCUAAACUUCAAUGCGGCCUUACAAACAACAAGGGUAGUGUAUUUGAAACUGUGUUGUACAGCUUGGAAACUUAUUCUAAGAUCUUAAUUCAGAGUUUUUCUGAGGUGUUGAACUUUGCCAUUAGCAAAAAGUAUUUUUAGAAAAAUCCAUUGACUGUUUAUGAAGCACUGAUUUUGCCAUAUUUCGGGUCUCUGGUUUUUCCACCACAUCUGCACACAGUAGUUGUAUUGGUUUUUUACAAAAUCAUUUCUUCUCUUUCCAUUAAUGAUGAGUUUGUAAAAUGCCUAUUCCAAAGGACAGUUGGUUUUGCUUAAACAAUCAGAUAGGUAGACUGUGACAAUAUCCUGUUUGGAUAAAGGAAGGAGGUUUAUUCUCCUUUGUUUUAAAUAUUAUACUAGGGUCUUUCCUCCCAGAUAGGUAGAUUUUUUUUUCUUUUAUCAAAAGCCAGUAUUAACUUAGUGACAAGUGUUAAGAAGCUAUUAGUUAAUUCUCUUUGCUCUUUUUCCUUCAGUUUAUGACAAGAAAGUCUGAUUAUGCUUUCACAGUAAUCACCAUCCAGCAGCUGAUUUAUAAAAAACCAAGUCUACAAAUUAUUGGGUUAAGUCACUCUGAGUCUCUGUAUCGCUUCUUGCCCUGUGACAAAGCUGAUGUUUGGAGAUUCUCAUGUAUGUGGUCAUGGCAUCACUUUAACGUGUUUGUGAUGAAAAAAAGAAUUUAAAGAAAUGUAGGGGGUGGGGGAGGGGGGUGUUUUAUAGAAAAAGUAAUUUAAGUGACAUUCUAUUAGGCGAUGUUUAAUUGCUUCCUGCCUAAUGUGUACAUAGUAAUUUCACUGGUUAUUGGCUGUUAUUUGUUCAGAAUUUAUUGUAUCUUGUUGCUAUGUAUGCAACUGAGUGUACGUAAAAGUUUAGACUUCGGUACGUUAUCUGCACAAUUUUGUGUGCUUUAAAUCUCUGUGAAAUGUACAGAUGAAUCAUUAUGGUGUGUUAUAUGUGACUUCCAAUCUUGAAACAAUAAUAUUUUGUAGUAUGUACUUUUGCAGACUAUUUGAACAUUUUAAACAGAUAUUGUAAAUGGCCAGUACCCUCAAUCAAAACUAACUCUGGUAAGAUGCAUGCUUCUUGAGCCUACAGAUUUAUAAGAGGUCAGGGGUAAACAAGAAUUAAGAUAAUUUUUUUCUAAUGGCAAGUAUUUUUGAUAAUUUCCUACCUGCCUGAUGUAUUUGAAAGAAAAGUUGUCAACAGAAGAAAUCUUAGCUAUCAGAAGGAAGGUUUCUUAAGUAUUAAAUAGCAUUAAUAUACUUUAUAUCUAACUUGUUGAAAUUUAGUUCAAGGGUGAAGAACUCAAACAUAUUUUUGAUUCUUCAUAUGACCUUUUGUUGUUUAAAAGACAAUUUUUGUCUUCAGUGUGGAGAAACGCCAGUUGAAUAAUAAACUUACAGAAUUGUCAAUC